CUGGCAACGUGGAGAAGGACCCUUCGCUCGCUGUUCACCGCGCGUUUCGCGUGCGUCGGAUUACCACUAACCACCACCUCAACGUACCCAACACUCCGACAUCACCGUCGCUUACAAGAAGACGAUUGAAAACAUAUUUAAAAACCAACCAAAUCUUAUAUGGAUAAUACUAAUAAAAAGUUUGCGAGUUUGGCGUAAUCAGCGUGUUGAAGUUUGAUAUUUGCGUGCGUGUUAGUUUGCGAGUGCGCCAACACGGAAUUCAUCGGUGCAGUGCGUGGCCAAUGUGCACCAGGAUCGCUGCCGCCGCCCGGGACGUUUGGAGGUGAGCCGCCCGGACCGCCGGCGGCGACCAGCACCACCAGCACACAGCAUAGCAACGCGCAGCACCUCCACCAUCAUCAUCACCAGCCGCACGCCGCCGCCACCACGACGACCACGGCGAUGAAUCAGCUCGGGACGGUUUAUGCCACCAAGCGGCGCCGACGGAAUGGCAAAAGCCUAAAACCAACGCCAAAAGACGGCGUGACAAAGAGCAACCCAAGCAAGAGGCACCGGGAGCGCCUCAAUGCCGAGCUGGACACGCUGGCGAGCCUACUGCCCUUCGAGCAGAACAUCCUCUCGAAGUUGGACCGACUGUCGAUACUGCGCCUCUCGGUCAGCUACUUGCGCACCAAGAGCUACUUUCAAGUUGUAAUGCACAAAGAUAAAGAAGACAGCGGUACGUUGCAUCGAGGGCGCGAACUGACUGCAUUCGAUCACACUCCAUUAGACGGCGAAAUGUUCCUUCAGGCAUUAAACGGGUUCCUAAUGAUUUUAACAUGCGAAGGCGAAGUGUUUUUCGCCACGCACAGCAUAGAAGGCUACUUGGGAUUCCAUCAGUCGGAUAUAGUGCAUCAAUCUGUGUAUGAAUUGGUGCACUCUGAGGAUCGCGAGGAGUUGCAGAAGCAGCUCAUGUGGAACUCGUUCCUGCCGCCGGAGUCGGCCAACAUCGGCCUGCAGGACGUGCUGCUGCCUGACAAUUGCCACAUGCUCGAACGCAGUUUCACCGUGCGCUUCCGAUGUCUCUUAGACAAUACUUCCGGCUUUUUGCGUUUGGAUAUAAGAGGGCGUGUUAAAGUACUGCAUGGACAAAACCGCAAGUCAGAAGAACCGCCACUGGCGCUGUUUGCAAUAUGUACGCCAUUCGGGCCGCCAUCUUUACUCGAAAUUCCACAAAAAGAAGUCAUGUUCAAAAGCAAGCACAAAUUGGAUCUAGCACUUGUGUCGAUGGACCAACGAGGGAAGAUGUUGUUGGGAUAUUCGGAUUCCGAGCUAGCUAAUAUGGGAGGUUAUGAUUUAGUGCACUACGAUGACCUUGCAUAUGUUGCUAGUGCUCACCAAGAACUAUUAAAAACGGGCGCUUCUGGAAUGAUCGCCUACAGAUUCCAAACAAAAGAUGGUCAAUGGCAAUGGUUACAAACAAGCUCACGUCUAGUAUACAAAAACUCCAAGCCAGACUUUGUUAUAAGCACCCACCGGCCAUUAAUGGAAGAAGAAGGUCGUGACCUGUUAGGAAAACGCACGAUGGACUUCAAAGUGAGCUACCUGGACGCAGGUCUUCCCACCAAUUACUUCUCGGAGGCGGACCAGCUCGUCUCCAACACCACCACCCCCACCCAACACAACUCCACCCCAACACCGACGCGAGUCAACCGCCGGUAUAAAACCCAACUGCGUGACUUCCUCUCCACCUGCCGCAGCAAACGCAAACUCUCCCAUGGUGGCAGCUCCAGCGGUCAAGUAACACCCCCGGCAAACCCCACAGCAGUGGCAUCUGUAGUCUCACCCAUGCCUACAGUAGAUUACAUCACAACCGACGCCGCAUAUAAUAUGUACUCAACCCCGUAUCCAACCCCCGCGCCUGAACACACAUUAUCCCCAUACAUGAGCCAUUCCAACUUCCAGCACAGCCUGUAUCCCACCCCCAGCGCGUUAGACAAUCGCUAUCUCACCACCCCGGACAACCUCUUCCACCAGUACCGCCCUCUGAGUACUUAUUACUCGGAUUAUCACCACGCCCCGACGGCGAGUGCUUACGUAGGUAAUGGUUUCCUUGGUAAUGUACCAACGUAUGACCCUGCAAGUACCACCACGCAUCAUCACACAACUUAUCGUGCAUCCGUAAUGGAUGAUAAACUGUAUCCAUGUCAACAAGUCGUUGAACAAGCUAGUAAAUACCCGUAUGUAGAUAGUAGUCGAGGUUAUGUUGUUGCCAAUGCAGCAUCAUGGCCGUAUUCGGUCAGUCCAUCAUCGGGGAUCAUUCAACCCGUUCAGGUGAUGAGCACGCAUGUUGAAACGUUGAAAUCCUGCAAGAAAUCAAUUGAUAAUAUAUCGCAUUCAUCCUCACCGGUGAAUUCCGGCCUGCUCACACCGAAAAUGGAGGAGAUAAAAGCUGAUUCAUCUACGAUGAUACAAAAUGACAGCCCGAUCUCCCAUCAUCCCUCGGUGCCACCGCAACACUUUUCCCCGGUGACUACUUCGACGAAUGAUGUCCCCCGGCAGACUGUGUUGAUGUGGGGUGCGAAUCACCACCACCAUCAUUCUUCGCCGAACAAUCGGUCUCCGGUGGAAUACGCCCCGCCUAGCUCCGAAGGGUGUGAUGCGUUGAAAAGCCUCGCGGAGAUCAGUAAUCCCGAUAUGUGCAAAUGGAACGGCGAUGCGAAGAGUGACAACGCAGGCGUGCAGCAACCGGAAGCCGAAAGCCCGCAUCAACACCAUCCGAAUCAUCACAACCAUCACAAUUCACGUGUGGUGAUGGUUCUAUGAUGAAUGCUGACGAUGCACGUGUACAUAGCUAUAAAUAAUAUGCGUUCACCAGCAUGGAGUAUGUAUGAACAAGGGCGUCAUGUUGGUUGCCUACCGUGACACUCCAUUUUCUUGACUUCUUGUCACACAGUAUAUUAACACACACAAAACAAAAACUAAGAGUAUCUUCCUAAUUUGUUUCCAAAAUGCAACAAAACCGUAUUGAUUUACUCUCUAUCGAUGUCUUCGAGAUGAAAACGCGAACAAUUACGAUCGAAUAGAAUUUCCAAUGUUUAUUUACAAGCUAUACAUAAUUACCGCUAGGAAACAAGUAAAGCGCAUGCGCAUUAUAAGCGCACGCGAUUAGAAUUAUAUAUAUUUAUAAAAUGUAUACAAAAUACCUUCUGUUGCAGUGAAUCCAACCGAGCUAGUCAUUAUGAAAAUAUUUUAUUAUGUGUAUAUGUACAUUUAUUAUUGAUUAUUAUAUAAUUUUAAUUUAUAUACCAACAAAGCGCCGGAAACAAACGAGAAAACACGAAAAAAAUGAAGUGUAAUCAUAAUCUUGUGUAACUAUUAGUGACUUUAUCGUACAAUCUUUAAAUUUAUUUUGUGGCGAAUUAAUAUUGGCGAUGUGGACAAAAACAACUUGGAAAAAUUUUCUCUUUGCACAAUUCUCACUAAAAAAAAUAUCGUAAGCAGUCAGAAAACAUGCUUCACGUCUACCGAAUCAUGAUUACUAUUUGAUGAUAACGAAAAACCGUCAGUAUGGAUACACAUUCUCAUUGUAAAUUAAUUGAAAAUUGGAUAAUAUUAAGAUACAAAUAAAUAUAUUAUAAAAG